AUGGCGGAAGCCACCCCGACCGCCUCACUCACGCGCGUCAAUUCCAUCGCCUCGUCCACCGCGACGCAUAUUGCUCCUUCGCCACAUCAUAGCGUGCCAGGGCUCGGCCUCGCGCAAGUCGUGUCCAACGGACAUGGCGAGUCCGCCAUCCCAGAAGACAAGGUCCUCGAAGCGGUCGAAAACCUCGACGACAACUGGCAGGACGAUCCCGCCAACCCUCGGAACUGGGCUCCUGGUCGGAAAUGGCUCGCCGCGAUCAUCGUAUCGUGGUACACCUUCGUCUCGCCUCUGACCUCUUCUGCGAUCUCGUCGGGCUUACCUGAGCUGGCGAUGCGGUAUGGAAUCACGAACCCGACGGUGGAGGCGUUGUGUCUGUCGAUAUAUCUCUUGUCCAUGGCGAUCGGUCCCUUGUUCAUUGGACCGAUCUCUGAGAUGUACGGGCGAACAUACGUCUACCACAUUACGGCCGUCAUUUCCCUAGCUUUGAAUCUGGCGUGCGCGUAUGCCCCGACGGCAGGAUCGCUCAUCGCUCUGAGGUUUCUUAGCGGUUUCGCUGGCUCUGCCCCCGUGGCCAUCGGCCCUGGGUCUAUCGGCGACAUCUUCAGCGAGCGCGAGCGGUCCUCCGCGAUGGCAGCGUACUCACUAGGCCCCCUCAUGGGCCCCAUCGUCGGGCCCAUCUGCUGCGGCUUCAUCACCGAGCAAGUAGGCGUGAAGUACGUCUUCGUCUUCAUCGCGUGCCUCAACGGCUCGACGCUCUUGCUUGGGGUGCCAUUCCUGCGCGAGACGUUUGCGCCGGUGGUGAGGGUCAGGAGAGCGAAGGCCACGGGCGAGAUCGAGCGCUGGACGGAGGCGCAUCCGCUCUUCGCGCACGCCUAUAUGGAUAAGGGCCGCGUCUUGUGGGCGAGCUUGAGUAGGCCGACUGUGCUGUUGACGAGGAGUGCAAUUUGUGGGUUGUUGUGUCUGUAUAUGGCGUUCAUGUACGGCAUCUACUUCCUCAUGUUCGCCACCUUUGCCGACUUCUUUCACUCCACCUACGGCUUCUCCACCGGAAUUGGCGGCCUUGCAUACAUUGGGCUGGGCGUCGGGUUCCUAAUCUCCGCCAUUUUUGGCGCGAAAUUCGGGGACGCGGCUUACCACCACCUCUCGAAGAAGCACAACGACGGGAAGGGCAAGCCGGAGUACCGCGUACCUGUACUGAUUGUGGGGUCGUUUUUUGUUCCUAUUGGGGUUUUCUGGUACGGGUGGUCAGCAGAGGCCAAGAUUCAUUGGAUUAUGCCGAUCAUUGGGUCCGGGAUCUUUGGUUUCGGUGCCCUGCCGAUACAACUCUACCUCGUCGACACCUUCACGUACGCCGCGAGCGCGGUGUCAGCCGCCACGUUCUUGCGCUCUAUGCUUGGCUUCGCGUUCCCGUUGUUCGGGAAGCAGAUGUUCAAAGCGAUGGGUAUGGGCGGGGCAAACUCAUUGUUGGGAGGUUCGUUACACAUUCAUCACUUCCUUUAUUGUAUCAACUAA